GGCACCUGCGGGUCCUUACAUCAUCGCCUCUUGACAUUUCACGUUGCUCCUUGUUUCAAUAACACGGCAGCCAUGAAGCCAAAAGGAGGCAAAGAAGCCAAUUUAACUUAAAUUAAAGUAUUAUUUAUCCGCGGAGAGUUUGAGCUGAUGGCCUUGCACAGAAUGUUGCAGCUUUUCAGGCUUGUGUCGGCGAACACUCGGCCUUUAUGCAGGGCGGUCACGACGCGACUUGCGGCAGGACGAGGCUUCACUGGCGGAUACAGAAGCUUCUCUCUCUCGAACUUCCUGUCCAAUCGCAACUUUCAGACAGCUCAGCGACGCUUAUACUCCAGUGAGCCUAAAGGAAAAGUUCCGGAUGGGAAAGGAGGACGACGAGCAGGAGGUGGCAAGAGAGGAGGAGGCGGUAAAGAUUGGUGGAGUCGGAUGCAGAAGGGCGACUUCCCGUGGGACGAGAAGGACUUCCGCUACAUAGCGCUGGGUGUGGCCGGCGUCUCCUCCACCGUGCUGUACCUGUACUUCCGAGACGCGGGCCGAGAGAUCAGCUGGAAGGACUUUGUGAACCGCUACCUGGGCCGAGGCAUCGUGGAACGUCUGGAGGUGGUCAACAAGCAGUAUGUGCGUGUCGUCCUGGUGCCGGGCGCCGAGGCUGAAGCGAGCUACAUUUGGUUCAACAUCGGCAGUGUGGACACGUUUGAGAGGAACUUGGAGACUGCUCAUGUGGAACUGGGCAUGGAGUCCACUCACCGCCCUGCUGUGGUCUACAGCUCAGAGACUGACGGCUCUUUCUUCAUGAGCAUUAUUCCCACGCUGCUGCUCAUCGGCUUCCUGCUCUUCAACCUGCGGCGAGGGCCCAUGGGGGCGGGGCCAGGCGGCGGCAGGGGCGGGCCCUUCAGCAUGAGCGAGUCGACGGCCAAGAUGAUGAAGGACAACAUCGAGGUGAAGUUCAAGGACGUGGCGGGCUGCGAGGAGGCCAAGCUGGAGAUCCUGGAGUUCGUCAACUUCCUGAAGAACCCUCAGCAGUACCAGGACCUCGGCGCCAAGAUCCCAAAGGGCGCCGUGCUUUCCGGACCUCCCGGCACCGGCAAGACCCUCCUGGCUAAAGCCACCGCGGGCGAAGCCAACGUUCCUUUCAUCACCGUCAACGGCUCGGAGUUCCUGGAGAUGUUUGUGGGCGUGGGCCCCGCCAGGGUGAGGGACAUGUUCGCCAUGGCCAGGAAGAACGCGCCCUGCAUCCUCUUCAUCGACGAGAUCGACGCCGUGGGCCGCAAGCGAGGAGGCGGGAACUUUGGCGGUCAGAGCGAGCAGGAGAACACGCUCAACCAGCUGCUGGUGGAGAUGGACGGCUUCAACACGGCCACCAACGUGGUGGUUCUGGCCGGGACCAACAGACCCGACAUCCUGGACCCCGCCCUCAUGAGACCGGGACGCUUUGAUAGGCAGAUCUACAUCGGUCCGCCGGACAUCAAAGGCCGGGCGUCCAUCUUUAAAGUCCACCUGCGGCCCAUCAAGCUGGACCCCAACAUCGACAAGGACACCCUGGCCAGGAAGAUGGCCGCCGCCACUCCGGGAUUCACCGGGGCGGACAUCGCCAACGUGUGCAACGAGGCGGCGCUGAUCGCAGCACGACACCUGAACCCGCACGUCAGCCACAAGCACUUUGAGGCGGCCAUCGACCGCGUCAUCGGAGGUCUGGAGAAGAAGACCCAGGUGCUGCAGCCCGCAGAGAAGAAGACGGUGGCGUACCACGAAGCGGGCCACGCCAUCGUGGGCUGGUUCCUGCAGCACGCCGACCCGCUGCUCAAGGUGUCGAUCAUCCCGCGGGGCAAAGGUCUGGGUUACGCCCAGUACCUGCCCAGAGAGCAGUACUUGUACAGCCGCGAGCAGCUCUUUGACAGGAUGUGCAUGAUGCUUGGCGGCCGCGUGGCCGAGCACGUCUUCUUCGACCGCAUCACCACCGGCGCUCAGGACGACCUCAAGAAGGUGACGCAGUCCGCCUACGCACAGGUACGUGCACGCCCACAUGCUCCCCCCAUGGCGUCCACAUAA